AGGAUGGAUUCAUCGAGAAUCUCUCUCCGGCCGUUUAAACUUUCAGAUGUAGAUGAUAUCAUGGAAUGGGCAGGCGAUGAUCGGGUGACUCAAUUUCUUAGACGGGAGACCUUCAAAUCAAGGGAUGAGGCUUUCAGUUUCAUCAAAGAUGUUUGCAUCCCCCACCCUUGGCGUCGAUCCAUAUGUUUAGACGACCGUUCGAUCGGAUAUGUUUCGAUUUCUCCGGCAUCCGGCAAAGACAGGUGUAGAGCUGAUCUUGGAUAUGCUUUAGCUGCACAGUAUUGGGGUCAAGGAAUAGUCACCAUAGCUGUGAAGAUGGCACUGGCUUCUCUAUUAAAAGAUUUACCUGAUGUGAUGAGGCUACAAGCUUUGGCUGAUUUAGAAAAUAAGGCCUCACAGAGGGUCCUUGAAAAGGCUGGGUUCCUUAAAGAGGGUAUUUUGAGAAAGUAUUUCUCUCUUAAAGGUCAGAUUAGAGAUUUAGUUAUGUAUAGUUUUUUAGCUAUUGAAACUGUCCCAAAUUGA